GAGUCAUGUCAUGUCAUAUUGUGGGCUGAAGGUUAUGUUAUCGUUAAUAUUGUUUAAUUUUUAUAUUUUUCAUUGCCUUUGAUCGUAAAAAACAGUUAUUUAUUGGGUUACAACAAUUGGGCCACCAUGUCGCUGGAGGCGGCGCUCGUGAAGGAGGAGCCCGAUACGAUGGCAGAUGAAGUUUUCAUUAAGCAGGAAGAAUUAGAAACAGAUUGUGUGGAAGUCCCAUAUGUAGCAAUUGAAGCAGCUAUUGUGGACGUAGAAUUUGACCCACCAGUCCCACCAGAGGAGCUAUACAGCAAAGACUUGAGUGAGCCAGCUGUGUACUUGAGCAAGCAGGAUGAGCUCCUGAAACCGGAGUGCAUGGACAUGUCCUCGUGUUUGGAAGCAGACUCGGUCAGUCAGUAUGCUGAUGUUAAAGAUGAGCUGACUCUGGAACCGGAUUGUAUUCAGCGGCCUAACACAGCCAUAACCAGCCUACCUAGGGAGAAAUUUAAUCCCGUUCUGACCGAUUGCUGGGUCCGAUUAGAACGCUGUGCGGCCGCAGAAAAAGCCUUAAAGAAACAAUUGGCAGAAUUAUAUCAAUUAUAUGUUAAAGAAAAUAGAACGCAAACACGAAUGGGAGGCGACGAAGACUUUCUUUGCGAAAAGUGUAAAAAGAACGAAAAAUACGAGUUCUGUGAAGCAUGUAUCACGAAGAUGCGGGCUCUUAACCAGUUGAGGAAUAUAAAUUUGAAUUUUAACGGAAAAAAAUAUAAAACUUGCGAAAUAUGUUGCGAAAAAUUCGCAGAAAUUAAACAUUUGUAUCAGCAUAAAUUUCUUAUUCAUGGAAAUUUUAAAAUUCUACAGAAGAUGAAUAAUCCAACAGAGUUCUACAGCGGAUACUUGUCUCGUGUGUAUUCGGAGAAGACCAUUUGUGGAAGCACCUCCAACUUGCCAAACGCUACUAACGUCAAUACGGAAAAAUUGCUUCGGAUCGAAUACGACAAGACAGAGGCCAGAAAAGUAAUGCAUCCUAAAAUUGUUACCGACGUUUUAAACCUAGGAAAUAUGGUACCUAAAUCCAAAAUAAAGCGUGAACGUACGGUAAAACCUUAUAAAUGCAAAGUGUGUAAGAAACCCGCCAUGAACGAAAAAUUCUGCGAUGAAUGUCUGAAAGAAAGGCUAAUAGGUAAUAUGUACGUGAAAAUGGCUAAAGUUGAAAAUAAGUUUGUAGACCAAGAAACAGUAUUGAGAAUCAAGCGACCACAUUUGCACAAAGAGAAGAAUCAGACGAGCCUUAGAAAACAACAAAAUCUUAGAAAAACAAAAACGCGCGAAUGCUCCGUUCGGCUCGAGCGGAACGAAGUCGCCGAGCAAGCCUUGCAAAUCAAAAUUGAGGGCGUAAAAUCUGAAAUUGUGGAAAAUACAAUAAUGUGGCCAUCCCAAUCUACGAGUAACAUGACAUCUGAGACGAGUGAAGAACGUUGCUGCAAUAUUUGUAAAACGGAGACGCCAGUGGGUGCUAAAUUCUGUGAAGCAUGUGAAAAGGAACAGGCGGAAAAAUCAUUAAUUCGUUUGAAAAUGGGAUUUUGCUGCAGUAUGUGUAAAAUGAAGACAGUGAAGACACCAGUAGCUUCCGAAUUGUGUGAAGCUUGUGAAAAGGAACACGCAGAAAAUAUAUUAAUUGCAUUAAAAAUGGGAUAUUAUGACAAAAAGUAGGUUUGUUCACAUUAUGAAGAAAGAGUGUAGCCAUUUUAGUGGUAACAAAGAGGAUAUAAUAAGAUAGAGCGGUACUGUCAUAGUAAAUUUUGUAACCACGGUAAAUUCACUGCCAUCUAUCGACACACUUUAAAACUAAAAAUUAAGAUUUAUAAAAAUACGUUAAAAUGUAUUUAAAUAUGGAUAAAUGAUUUUUUUAUUUGCAUUAAUUAUUUUUAUAUGAUUUUGACCCAUGUUCUUUCACUGAUAUGCGUUAAAAAUUAUAAAUAACAAACGAAACCGUCAACGCCCUCUAUACGAGAGUAGGCCAAAACUAGUGGCGCCAUCUGAUCGAGAAUCAAAUUUUCGUGAUUUUCGAGGCACGUUUUUUCCUUAGACUGUAUCCAUCUAUUACGGAGUUAUAUCUAUCUUUGGUGGUAAUAAAUUGUUAAGAUUAGAUAUCAAAAAUAUAACAAAAAUAUAUAUAUAUAUUAUUAUAUUGUACAUUAACUAUACCUAUGCACUUUCGGGUGACCUUUAUUAGAUUUUUUAAUUAGGGUUCAUCCAUUAAUUACAGCAUCCAUUAAAUUAAAUACAAUGUCUAUUUAAUAAAUCGGAUGGAAAUAUAAAAACCGGCCAAGUGCGAGUCGGACUUGCACACGAAGGGUUCCGUACCAUUAUCUAUAAAAACAGUCACCCAUCCAAGUACUGACCCCGCCCGACGUUGCUUAACUUCGGUCAAAAAUCACGUUUGUUGUAUGGGAGCCCCACUUAAAUCUCUAUUUUAUUCUGUUUUUAGUAUUUGUUGUUAUAGCGGUAACCGAAAUACAUCAUCUGUGAAAAUUUCAGCUGUCUAGCUAUCACAGAUCACGAGAUACAGCCUGGUGACAGACGGACAGCGAAGUCUUAGUAAUAGGGUCCCGUUUUUACCCUUUGGGUACGGAACCCUAAAAAGUAGGGGAGUUGACCGUCACGUCGAUUGUGUAAUGUUUCAUAUAAAUUCCAUAUUAGCAAAUCGUUUUGACAGUUCUAAAAAAGAAACUGAUUUAACUAGUAGGGGAAUAACCUAUUAAGCGCGUGCGAUAGAAAUAGAAACAGGCGGGUCAAUGUACAAAAUUCCUUGUGGAAAGCGUCCUUUCUUUAUGUUUAAGAUUAAAUUACUUUUUCAUUAAUUUUCAUUAAAUUUUAUCU